AUCGCACCCUCACUUCAUUAUUUCCUUUAAACUGAAUAUCGCAUCUAGAUUCUUAAAUGUAGCAGUCAUGAGGCUAUAAAGAUGUUGUUUCUAUUAAUAAAUGACGAGUGCUGUUAUAAAAUGUGUGUGUGUGUGUGUGUGAGUCGCAGCAACAGCUGAGUCAGUUGUAGCCUUUGUAGGCGGAGCUGUGGUCCGGGUGCGUCAGGUCAGUGGCCCUAGGGAGUCUCGUGAUCAGAGGGAGGGAAAGGUAAGCCAUUCUCAUUCGUGACUCAGGUGUUCUCAGUCCUUCACAACUGCACAGGUCACAACGAGGACAGACCAGGACAGGUGCAAACAUGGAUGCAUGGCUGAAGGUGUUGGUGGGUGUUGUGCUUGUGGUGGGGGCUGCUGCCGACACCCCUGCCAACUGUACCUUUGAUGAUGUGCGGGGCGACUGGAUCCUUUACGAGACGGAGCGCAGUGGGGACGCCUCCAUCGACUGUGACAACAUGGGCCCCAUUGUGCACAAGAAGACUGUGAGCCUGAUGUAUCCAAGUGUGGCAGUGGAUGAGUUUGGAAACCGAGGCUUCUGGACCAUGAUUUACAACCAAGGCUUUGAGAUCAGGGUGUCAGGACGCUCCUACUUUGCCUUCUCUCUCUAUGAAAAGAGUGGCCAGACAGUGAUCUCCAAAUGUGACAAGACACUGACUGGCUGGUCGAGGGACGUCACUGUCAGGAACUGGGCAUGUUACCGGGCCCAGAAGAAGACUGCAGUGCCUCCCAAGACACACACAGUUUCCUCCACAGACCAGGACAACAGACUGUACCGAUAUGACUUGGAGUAUGUGAACAGCAUCAAUGCCAAACAGAGUAGCUGGGUGGCAGGUGUCUACCCAGAGUAUGAGAGGAUGACCAUGGGAGACCACUUGAGGAGGGCUGGUGGCAGAGUAUCAACAAUGAUGGUUGGAGCAAGUGCUGCCCCAUCCACCUUCUUCAGUCGCAUCCGUUCAGCUGCAACACCCGAGACCUGGGACUGGCGCUCUGUGGAGGGUGUCAACUUUGUGUCUCCUGUCAGGGACCAGGGCAACUGUGGAUCUUGCUAUGCCUUUUCCUCCAUGGCCGGCCUGGAAGCACGUGUCAGGAUCCUCACCAACAACACAGAUAAGCCUGUCUUUUCCCCUCAGGAUAUUGUAGGCUGCUCCAAGCUGUCCCAGGGCUGUGAAGGAGGGUUUCCAUAUCUCAUAGCUGGAAGAUAUGCCCAAGAUGUGGGUGUGGUGCUGGAACAGUGCUACCCUUAUGAGGGCAAGGAUGAUGUGUGCCACACCAAGACUCAGUGUGGCCGUCACUACACUGCUUACUACAGAUAUGUCGGAGGAUACUUCGGUGGGUGCAAUGAGGAGGAGAUGAAGCUGGCACUGGUGAAGGGAGGGCCACUGGUGGUGGGCCUGGAGGUGUACAAUGAUUUCCUUCACUACAAGGGAGGCGUGUACCACCACACCGGCCUCAUGGACCGCUUCAACCCUCUGGAACUGACCAACCACGCAGUGCUGCUGGUUGGGUAUGGGGAGGAUGCACACACUGGAGAGAAGUACUGGACAGUCAAGAACUCCUGGGGUGAAGGCUGGGGCGAGGGAGGCUACUUCAGGAUCUUACGUGGCCAAGAUGAGUGUGCCAUCGAGUCCAUGGCUGUGGAGGUUGUUCCUAUUCCUUAAGUGAUGCCAGUCAUGUUUUCUUGAUUGGCCAGGAUGAGGUGCAGAAAUGUCUAAAACUAGAGUAUAAUGCAGGGUUUUUUUUAAUCUUGCACAGUGCUCCAGUGACUCCCACUAUCAUCCUUACCUUCUCUUUUCCAUGUUUCAAAUGGCAGAUUUCCACUUGGCUGGAUGUGGAGUGUCUGUUCAGUAAAGCUAGUGUUCAGUCUAUAUUCUAAAUUAUAAAAUCCUUUGAUCAUCAGUACUCCUUCCUGCUUUUACUUAUAUGUUUUCUGUUGUCUCCUUUCAUGUCAGAGUCUUUAAUAGCACUGCAAUAUUCACUUUUCAAGCCACUCUCUCCUUAUUACUAUUCUCAAUUAUGAGGUAGUAGUAUUUAUUCAAAGGCUGGUGUCAGGUACUAUUCUAUCCCUUGUGGUCCUCCUAAUGGCUGUGUGUGUGGUGUGUGGCUCCAUCUAUACCAUAAGUCAGGACCUGCCACAGGAUUAGUAACUGAUUUUGAGAGGUGGUUAGUCUUAUUUGGUGCUGCCCAUCUCAAUGCUCUGACUACUUUGUGAUGUAUGGUAUUUAAUUGUAUCCCUUGUGACUUUUUAGAGAUGUAUAGAUUUUCUUUAACCUAACCUGUAUAUUAUGGUGUGUUCAUGCCAGUUAAUGUAUGCUGGUGUUCAAGGCUGAAAAAGUAUCAAUUUAGAGCAUUACAUAGCUCGUUUAGUGGUUAAAUAUACAAUACACUCCUUUUUGUGAUGCCAUAUUGAUGUACAUGUGUUUUCAAAGCAUUUACAUUAUUUCAUCUGAUAAUCCUGUGCUGUGACCAGAUUUGUUGAACUAGUACUCUUUUUGUGGUGUCUUGGUAACAUUUAUUCAGCUGGUACUCUUUGUUGGCAAGGAAGCAUUAAUUCAGUGCUACUUAUGGCAUAGGAGCAUUUAAUCUAGUGCUACUUAUGGCAUGGAAGCAUUUUUUGACUCGUACUCUGUGUUGUGGGAUGCAAGCAUUUAUUCAUCAGUUGCUGUCAAUGUUCUCAGUAUUACCAGAUAUUUUUGCAUUGUUGUUCUUAGCCAUUCAUUGCUGUUGUUACUGUAUUUAAUUGCUUUGCUGUUACUUGCCAUGAGACUUUCUGUGGUGGCUUUGUGGUAAUUCUGCAGAGGAAUACUCAGCAUUGCGAUAUUUUUAAGUGUUCAUGUACAAGAGUUGUGAUAAGAAUGGUAAGAAUACAUGUUUCUCAUAUGA